ACGUGUCCACACAGCGCGCCCGCUCCCGCCUUGGCACCGGCCGUUCAGUGCGCAGGCGCGGCGACUAGCUAAUCCCCGUGAGGCUCACUCGGCUGCUCAGUGCGCAGGCGCAGCGGCAGCCAAUCCCUGCGGGCCCCGGCCACUCACUGCGCAGGCGCGGCGGGCCGGCCCACGCACCCCUUGACUCCGGCGAGGAGCGGGCCUGUCCGUGUCCGUGUCUCCGUGGCCAUGUGGGCGCCGGCGUCGCCGCGGGAGCGCGCCAUCUCGGAGAACAGCCUGGUGCUGCUGCUGCAGGGGCUGCGCGGGCUCGAGGCCACCGUGGACCUGCGCGACGAGAGCGCGGCCACCGGGCGCGUGGCCAACGUGGACGCGUUCAUGAACAUCCGCCUGGCGCCCGCCGCGCUCACGGACCGGCGCGGCCGCCGCCACUGCCUGGAGCAGCUGCUGGUGGCCGGGCGCAGCGUGCGCUAUGUGCACCUGCCCGACGGCCUGGACGUGCGCGCCACGCUGCAGGCCCAGCUCCGCCUGCUGCAGCGCCUGCGCCGCCCCGCGCCCGCCGCCGCCCGCCGCGAGUUCCCAACCGCCCGCCGCAAGUGAGCGCCGCCGCCGCCUCCUGCCCCUGCGGAGCCCAGCACCGCGACGCCGCCACCGCCCCCGGGCUGACGACUCUGGGCCGGCCCCUUCCGGCCGCUACCGCCGGGCACCGGAGGACGCAGCUUGGUGUCCCGUCCGCAGGCAGCGGAGACGUUUUGCAAAUAAACCCCCGUGGCGGGAGCUGCUGGA